AUGGGCCAUUUAGAAAUCGUUAAAUAUCUUAUAUCUUCCGGAGCCAAAUUAGAGGAGCCUGAUAGAUGCGGAAGAACACCAUUUGGAUAUGCAGUUGGUGAAGGUAGACUUGAUGUUGCUAAAUAUUUAAUCUCAGUAGGAGCAAAUAAAGAAGCAAAGAUCAGUUCAGGUGAUUCUCCGCUCAUGGAAGCCAUUGAAUCUAAUCAACUUGAAGCAGUCAAAUAUCUUAUCUCUGUUGGAGCAGAUAAAGAGACAAUGAAUAACAAAGGAACUACUCCUUUAAUUUGUGCAACUCAGAAUGGCCAUAUUGGCAUUCUUAAAUAUCUUAUUUCUGUCGGAGUUAAUUUGAAUACAACAGAUAAAUCAGGAAAAACUGCUCUUGAUUAUGCAAAAGGCGAGCUAAGAGUUUAUUUAAUAUCAGUCGGAGCUUAA